AUGGCUCGGCUAGGGCGCGUUGGCUUUCUAGCCCUGGCAAUUAUCUUCCAUGCAAUAUACACCUACUCAAUAUUCGACAUCUACUUUGUCAGCCCCAUCGUCAGUGGCAUGCGCGAAUUCGGCGUCCAACGAGCUUCCUCCGCAAAAGCCCCCGCAAAAAGACUCUUUCUCUUCGUCGGAGACGGUCUACGUGCUGAUAAGGCUUUCCAGUCCUUUCCGGACCCGUCUCCCGGAGGCGUGCUGGACCCCGAUUAUCCCAAUCUCGAGCAAAAAAAAGGCACUGUGUCGUCUGGGAAUAAACCGCCUCGACCGCUUGCGCCGUUUAUUCGCUCCCGCGUCCUUUACCAUGGAACCUUUGGUGUGUCGCAUACGCGGGUGCCCACGGAGUCCAGGCCGGGCCAUGUCGCCCUCAUUGCUGGCUUGUAUGAGGAUGUCUCGUCGGUGACGACGGGGUGGAAGCUCAAUCCUGUCAAUUUCGACAGCGUGUUCAAUCGCAGUAGGCAUACCUGGAGUUGGGGGAGUCCGGAUAUAUUGCCUAUGUUCAAGGAGGGUGCGACGCCGGGGAAAAUCGAUGCGGAGUCGUAUGGCGAGGAGGCAGAGUAUUUUAGCAAGGACGGGUCGCAGUUGGAUAUUUGGGUGUUUGAGAAGGUGAAGGCAAUGUUCGCCGCGGCAAAGGAAGAUCCAGAGCUUGAUGCGCGAUUGAGACAAGAUAAGAUUGUCUUCUUUUUGCAUUUACUUGGUUUGGAUACGGCUGGGCAUUUUUAUCGGCCUUAUUCGAAGGAGUAUCUGCAUAAUAUCAAGGUUGUCGACCAAGGAGUGAAAGAGAUUACAGAAUUGGUUGAGGAGUUUUACGGCGAUAAUGAGUCAGCCUUUGUUUUUACGGCUGAUCAUGGCAUGAGUGAUUGGGGGAGCCAUGGUGAUGGACACCCGGACAAUACCCGUACUCCCUUGGUGGUUUGGGGUUCUGGAGUCGCUAAACCGAAAAUUCAGAGAAGGGGAAAGGCUCCAGGCCAUGAAGAUGGAUUCUCUUCCGACUGGGGCUUAGAUAGCGUUCAGAGACAUGAUGUUGCCCAGGCCGACGUAGCUGCUCUCAUGGCAUACUUGGUUGGAUUGGAUUUCCCCGUGAAUUCGGUUGGGGAGCUCCCCCUUUCGUACCUUGAUGCGUCACCCAAAGAAAAAGCCCUGGCUGCUCUCGCGAACACCCAGGGGGUUCUAGAGAUGUACCGAGUGAAAGAGGAGAAUAAAAGAGCUUCAGUUUUGCGUUACCAACCAUAUCAAGCUUUCGGAGUUAAUGAGCGUUCUAUCGAGAACCGCAUCUCCGAAAUUCAACGGUUAAUUUCGAGGAAGAAAUACGACGAGGCGAUUAGGAAAUCUUCCGAUCUGUUACAUACCGCUCUGGACGGCCUGCGAUAUCUGCAGACCUAUGACUGGCUAUUCCUCCGAACUAUAGUUACUGCAGGCUAUCUCGGAUGGAUUGCAUAUGCGCUGACAACCGUGAUAGAUCUCCACGUCCUGCAUGAAACUUCCGUCCCAAGUCGUACGACAUUCAGUACGAUGUUCUUUUCUUCCAUACUAGUCAUAUUGUAUUCUAUAUUCUGGAUUCAAAAGUCGUCGUGGAGAUAUUACGCAUAUGGCAUUUUCCCCGUCUUCUUCUGGGAGGAAGUUGUAGCAAAACGGCAGGCGAUAGCAGCUGGACGAAAGAUUUUUCUCAGCCAUGUUCAGUCACUGGGUGACUACAUAACUUUUUGGUUACAGAUAUUGAUAUAUGUUGGGGUAUUGGAGGCACUUCGGAGUGCAGAUUCUUACCUGUCGGACAGAACGAUAGGGGCAACUCUCAUGGUCCUUACUGGGCUCCUCUAUCUCAUAUUCGAGGAAUCAAUAACGCCGAUUUCUAAAACCCUAUCGAUUGCCGUCAGUAGGGGUUCCAAGCGAAUUAUGGGCAUGCAGAUCGGCAUGGUUCUGCUGGCUUUAAUAGUAACCAGAUCUACCGCCGCAUCACUACAGGCAAAAGAAGGUUUGCCGUUCGGAAACCAAGUUGUUGCAUGGUCGGUUCUAGUGGCAUCUCUUACAUUUCCAUUCUUCCACCGGCUAUAUCCAAAUAGCCACUACCUCCAUCGCCUUGUAGUGAUCUUUCUCACCUUCUCUCCAACGUUCAUCAUUCUCACCAUUUCGUACGAGGGGCUCUUUUACUUCGUCUUUUGUAUUACCCUACUCAGUUGGGUUCAACUUGAACACCGCAUAUUCAUCCACACCUCAUCCCAGCCACCAACCACCAUCGUUCCAUUAAAUGAUGUCACCCAAAUCAAAACGAAACAAAGCCCUCUACAACCCAACAGCGAAAACCACAUAUCAAAACCCCGUUAUCGCAUCCUAACAACCAGAGAUGCCCGUGUUGCGUUGUUCUUCUUCUUCCUUCUCCAAUCCGCCUUCUUCUCCACGGGCAACAUCGCUUCAAUCUCUUCUUUCUCCCUCGAAAGCGUUACCAGAUUAGUCCCUAUCUUCGACCCCUUCCUCCAAGGCGCGCUGUUAAUCCUAAAGAUCCUUAUCCCAUUUGCCAUCAUCAGUGCGAACCUGGGUAUCCUCAACCGGCGCCUAGGUGUCGCUCCUUCCGCUCUAUUCAUGAUCGUUAUGUCCAUCAGUGACAUAAUGACGCUUAAUUUCUUCUACAUGGUGCGCGACGAGGGGAGCUGGCUUGACAUUGGCACGACAAUUAGUCACUUCUGCAUCGCGAGCGGGCUCUGCACGUUCGUUGCUGGGCUAGAGUUCCUUAGUGAGACGCUCAUUGCUGGCGUAAAGUUUGAGGAUGAUGGUGUUAGUAAGGGUGCUAUUGCAGCUGGUGGUGAAAGCGAUCAUAGUAAAUCCAGCCCCUCCAAAACGAACGAGGCGCAGAGGAAAACAAUGACGGGGAAGGAAGGAAAAGCUCACGCGGAGUUUAACGGCACAAAAAUUCUAUCGCCACUCAUACGCUAG